CUAAUCACUCCUUGCUUGCUCAGGCUCGCGCUGGGCUACAACAUCAUCACGCGGCUGCCGGACAACUUCGCGCAGCUCUCGCGGCUGCGCUACCUCAACAUCCGCGCCAACAUGAUCUCGCAGUUCCCGCAAGUGCUCUGCGAGCUGCCGUCGCUCGAGAUCCUCGACAUCAGCCGCAACAAGAUCCGCAAACUGCCAGCCGAUCCGGGGCGGCUGAUCAACUUGCGAGUGCUCUCAAUAUCGAACAAUCGCCUGCGGCGGCUGCCCGCCUGGCUGGCGCACAUGCGUCAUCUGCGCAUCCUCAAGGUAGAGCAGAAUCCAAUCGAGUGGCCGCCACCACACAUCUCGGUGAUGCCCGCAGUGCCCAAGCUGUCGCUGCCGCUGCCUGGCAGCGUGCCUGGGUCUACUGCGCGCGACCGACGCGAGGAAAAGGAUGCCAUCGCGAAUGCCAAGAAGAAGGCGGAGGACCGGCACAUGGCUGGCUGGAUCGGGCAGGUGAAGGGCUGGAUCAAGGAGCACCAAGAACCGGUUUCUUCGCCUGCGGGCGGAAGAAGGGAAGUCGCCAGAGACCCGGCGACAGGUGCGGGCAGCGAUGACGAGCGAGAGGUGGGCCAGCUGCUCGUUCUUCCUGUCGCCGAAUCCGCACCUGCUGAAGAGGCAGCGGAGGAGACGGCGCUCGCAGAGUCAGACAAGCCGGUCCGAGAGCCGGUCGUCGAUGAGGUCGAUGACGCCAAUCACUCGCCGUCUGCGCCUCGUGCGGAAGCAGAUGUCGAGGUGCAGGUAGAGGCGGAGGAGGACCUUCAGAGCGCCUUCGUCGCCCAAGGCACGAGUGCCAGAGGCGAAAUCGUGGCGCCGAACAGCGCUCUCCCGGUUCUGGACGUUGAGCACGACACAGUCGACGACAGCGCGCGUCCGAUGCUGCCGGCGACACCACCCAUGGCCCUCGAGAGUGCGCCAGGCAACGCUCCGCGGACGAUUGCGACGCCGGAUCAAGGCCCGUCUGGCUCAGAGCAACUCGGAGGACCUACCAGCGAUGCUCAGGGCGCGAAGCCUUCCGGGCAUGGGCGCAACAACUCGCACUCUGUCGGGCAGCCCGGCAACAGCUCAAGGCGAGGCGUGCUGCGGACGAAGAAGUCUCUGCCGGAGCUCCGCACGUUCUCGAGUCCACUGGCUUUUGUCCGCACCGAGAGCUCCGAGUCACUCGAGAGCCUUUCUGCGGGUGCCGACGAAGGACGCAACGAGAGCACGCUGCGUCGCCCCUUCGGGCCACUGCGGCGGCCGCCAUUGCCUCAGUUGCACAGUGCGAACGCGGAGACACCGUCGUCAUCACCGAGCGGCUCUGCACCAAGCGGGCUGCGGAAGCUCAGCCUGACGUCGUCGUUCGCAGCGGGCAGCAGCAGCGGCGGCGGCAGUCCACUCGAUGCGCUGCGGAGGAACGACGCACGGCCUGUGAUCGCCUCGCCUCUCAGGCAAAUACCCACUGCCGGCAAGAUGCCACCUGCACCCGGCGCUGACGACUCGGGUGCUGUCGAGGUCGAGCGCAACAGCUACUUCCGUCGGCUGUCGACGCUGCCACCUUCGACGAUCAGCAAGGCGGUGCCGGAUGCCGUGCUCAAGUUCGUCGACGCCACACGCGGCGUCUUGUACGCGCUCAGCCAGAUCCACACUGCGCUGAAGCAGUACAUUCUUUUCGCCACCGACGAGCGCGUCUCUGGCCAGUUCCGCCGCGUGCUCGACGUCGCGAGCAAGAGCAUGGGCGCCCUCAUCAACUCGCUCGAUCGCUUCGACAGCCUGUCGCGUCGCGGCACGCCUGAGCCGUCGGUCAUCCGAGGUGUGCUAAUUGCCAGUCGCGACAGCGUGGCCACCUUCCGCAAGGUCGUCAGCGUUCUGCAACUGCAGCUGCGGGCGCUGCAGAGCAAGGCCGAUGUGCGGUAUACGCGAACCCUGCUGCUCAUGCUGUACGGCAGCAUGGCCGAAGUCAGCACAGCGUGGGCUCUCAUGGCGCCGCAGGUCGACGCCGUGCUGCCGUACCUGGCACAGGCGCCGUCGACAUCGGCUGGGACACCUCAGCACACCUCACCGGCGACGUCGACGCUUCCGAGCAUCGCAGAGGCCACGUCUCCGAAUGCGCUCAAGACUGCACGUCCGAACGCCUCGAUCAUCGUGCGCGGGCAAAGACGGCGGCACGCCGGCUCAUUCAGCGCACAAGAUGUGGCACAGGGCGCCACGAUUCUGCCGGGCUCGCUGCCGCCCUUUGAUGCGGACGAGCUUGCGUCGCAGCGCCGACGGGCACCACCUGCGUCCGGCACGCUUCCGUACGCCACUCCUUCGCUGCCGUCGGCAGGCUUCGCGGGGACCGACAGCGCAGUCGAGGAAUCGGUCUGGUCGCCGAACACGCCCGGGCCGGGCGCGGCCCAGACGGCAGGCGUGCAGGGCACGCACAGCAUGGCUGCUCAGCAAGCGCAGUGGGGCGGCGUCUCGGCUCCUGCUGCCACUAUGCGCUUCCCGGGCAGCGCGCGCUCUGUGAGCGAGUCGCCGCUCGGAGCGCGCAGGGCCCAACGUGCCGCGUCUAAUGCCAGCGAGGCGCGAGUGCCGUCCAUGCCGAUCACGACUGCGACAUACGCAGGCCAAGGCCGGCCCGUCGUCGACGGACACCUCAUCGAGCUUGUCGCGCAAGUGACCUCAGUGGCGUCUGGCGUUUGGACCUCGCUGCUCGAGCACCUCGCGUCGCUUGGCGUGCGCGGCGCAGGCCCGAUGUCGCCCACACCCGAGUCAUCCAUCAAGGCGACGCUGAGCCCGAGCUCGGCGCGCGGCCCGCACAGCUCAGACGCGUUCGACGACGGCAGCAGCUCGUCGAGCACGGGCGCCAGCCGGCGACUGCGCGAGCUGCGCGAGCUCGGCGUCAGCACGGGCGAGCUGACGCGCCGCCUCGUCAGCACGCUCGACAAGGUGCAGGAGGACGCCGAGGCCGAGCAGGAGGCCACCGGCGACUCGUCCUUCCACGUCAAUGCGGCCGACGGCCGCCGUCUGUGGGAGGAGUCGAGUCACUUUGUUCGGGCCAUCAUCUCGAUCUCCAUGCAGGUCAAGGCGGCCAGCGUGGAGCACAGCUUCCCGCGCAGCAUCAUGCGUGCCCUCGCCGAGCUGACCUCGGGCGCCAAGGACUUGACGCUGCAUCUGCACUUCCUUGCGCCCCCCUCAUCCAGCACGACCUCACGAGCAGCGCCCUAGGCGCUGCAUCUCUCCUCUGCUCCGUGUAUCAGGCCCAUCCAUCUGUAACAUAUGUCGAUGUCAUCCCCGGCUCAUGCCGCGCCGAUGCGCCGCUUGACCCAUGCCUCGAGGCCG